CAUGUUCCAGGGGCAGCGCGGUUGGUUCUGCGGCAGUGUCAGUCAGGACCUGAGGCAAUUCUGGGAGGACGAAGGUGGGAUGGUCAGCGACGCGCAGGCCGCCGACUUCCUGUUCAGCUGCGAUGCCUCGCACCCUGACACGCUGAGAAUAUAUCAGAGCCUCGAGUACAUAGAAGAUAAUGCUACAGUUUUUCAUGCCUACUAUCUCGCUGCAGUAGCUAAUACUGAAAUGAAAAAUUCAGUGGCCUUAGGUCAUUUUGUUCUUCCUCCUGCAUGUCUGCAAAAAGAAAUACGAAGAAAAAUUGGUAGUUUUAUUUGGGAACAAGAUGAAAAAUUUCAGAUAGAAAAGCAUGACAGAAUGGCAUCAAGUAAUAAGGAGAACAUUGAACCAACACCAGAACACGAACAAGAACUGUCCACAAGUGCAGAGAAUCCUCUCACAAGGACUCCAGUUAUAGAAAAGCAGAUGUGCUUCCCCCUUCAGAAUUAUCCAGUGAACAACAUGGUGACAGGUUAUAUAUCAAUUGAUGCCUUGGAGAAGUUCCUUGGAGAAUUACAUGACUUCACUCCUGGAAGCUCAGGAUAUUUGGCAUAUCAUAUUCAAAAUGAAAUUAAUAUGUCUGCUAUAAAAAACAAAUUAAGAAGGAAACUAAGUUAAGCUGUACUUACAUCUGGACACUUUUUUUUUAUAAAAUAGUAUGAAGUGAAUAAUUUAAAUGUGAAUGGAGAAAGAAUUAUUUUCUUAAUAUGUGUCCUGAGAAAACUCAGAAUCAUCUGACCACUGAAUUUUGUGACAUAUUCAUAAGUUGUGAGUUAUUGUCAUCCAAACACACUUAAAAGAAUUCUGUCAAAGGUUCUUUUGAUUUUGACUUUAAUAUUGUUUUUUUUUCCCUAGGUUCAAUAUUGAAAUGCUAGCCUUUAUUAUAUGGUUGGGUUAUUUUGAUUUAAAAUAAACUAGGAGACUAUACUUAAGCUGUAAAUGUUUGUUUCUGAGACAUAGUGAGUCAGGUGACUCACAAUACCUGUGGUGGAGCCUGAGGCCAGCACCGCGGCUUAUGAGGAAAUGAAGCCCUUGGGAAGGUGUCUUGCCAGAGUGACUAAAUGAGGCCCAACCUAAUCUGGAAUGUGACUUUCCUGAUUUCCCAAGCCGGUAUUCAUAGCCUGUUUUCCUGUAUAGCCAUGCUGGAAUCUCUGUGUCAGGAUCUAUGUAUCUCAUGUGUUGUUCAGGCUGACCUCUGGCUCCACCUCAAUGCAUUCCAAAUAAACUCAAACUGUAGCUGUGUGCUCUUACAUAAAUCUAGAGAUGUGGCCAUCUCCAGAAGGCACUGUUGCUGGGUUUGGUGGUUCUGACCUGUAAUUUUAGGUGCUUGGAUGACUGAGGCAGGAAUGAAGAAAGCCCUGGCCAGCCUGGGUGAGCCUGGGCGAGCCCCUAAGCCCCUGUCUCAGAAGAGACAGUUAGAAGAGCAGUUACAAAGUUCCAAAGCCUCGGCACAGUGUGUAGAGGACCUAUGUCCAACCUUGUGACACCACUUCUCCACUUAGAGUUUGGUGGAAUUACUUUCUGGAGACAUAAAUGGAAUUCUUUUGAAGCUGUCUUCUUAGACCUUAGACCUGCUUGUUCUUCUGUCAGGUAUAGAAUUAUCUAAAGAAAAUGGUCAUUUUGGUUUUGUUUUGUUUUGUUUUUGGUGUGGAUUAUUUGGAUGUAUGUGAGCCCUAACCUUUUCCCUACAACUCAAACUUCAUAACAUAAAAUUGUAACACAACUCUCAGCCUCAGCAUUUGAGAAUUAUAUUUUUUUGUCUGUCUGUUAGUUUUUCCUUAUUUAUUUUUGUGUCUGUGGUUAAGUCCUUCUGAACUUACAAAUAAAAAAAAACCUGUUAAUUAUCUUUUCCUGAAACAUUAAAUAUUGUCUCUUCCUGAACACUUUAUCUUAGUCACGGUCUAUUGAUUAGGUUUUACAUAGAAACCAAGCCUAUCUGUAGAUUUUAAAUUAAUUAUUAAGAGUAUUACGUAAGUUUACACUAAGCUGUCUACAUUGAGAUUAUUGUAAGAGUAUUUAAUGUUUCUCCAACAUGUACAUGCAUUAACAUAGUAAAUAAAAACCUCCAAC